CUAGCGAUAAGUGACACUCUGGGAGGGGAAGCAGAACAAACUGUAAGCUGCUGGCGGAUCCAUCUUGCUCGAAAAAGAGGCGAGAGUGAAGGCUUUUUUCAGUUUAUUACCUAAAAUACUGUAUCGUUCCCCGUUAACCGCGCUGGGGAGCCCGAGGAGGGGCUGUGCCGCUGUUUGUAGGAUGUCCCGACAUGAGGGUGUGAGCUGUGAUGCAUGUUUAAAAGGGAACUUUAGAGGACGACGGUUCAAGUGUUUAAUUUGCUACGACUACGACCUGUGCGCAUCGUGCUACGAGAGCGGAGCCACAACAACAAGACACACCACAGAGCACCCCAUGCAGUGUAUAUUAACCAGGGUAGACUAUGACUUGUAUUAUGGAGGAGACACCUUUUCAGUAGAGCAACCCCAGUCAUUCACAUGUCCUUACUGUGGCAAGAUGGGCUUCACGGAGACGUCCCUUCAGGAGCAUGUCACCUCAGAGCAUGCAGAGACUUCCACAGAGGUGAUUUGUCCAAUAUGUGCUGCCUUGCCAGGAGGGGAUCCCAACCACGUCACAGAUGACUUUACAGCUCACCUCACACUUGAACACAGAGCGCCAAGAGAUUUAGAUGAGUCCAGCAGUGUUCGACAUGUACGCAGGAUGUUCCACCCUGGACGAGGACUGGGAGGUGCCAGAGCACGACGGACAAAUAUGCACUUUACUAGCGGCUCCACAGGGGGACUUUCAUCCUCCUCAUCACAGAGCUCCACUUACACCCCCAGUAAUAGAGAAGCAAUGGACCCAAUUGCAGAGUUGUUGUCUCAGCUGUCAGGUGUGCGACGUGCAACAGGGGGACAAAUAAACUCGUCAGGGCCUUCGGCCUCACAGCUCCAGCAGCUUCAGAUGCAACUGCAGUUGGAGAGGCAGCAGGCUCAGGCAGCACGACAGCAAGUGGAGACGGGUCGCCACGCGACACGACGCAGCAACAACCCGGGCAACACCGGCACCGCCAUCCCUCCACCCAGCACAGCAACUGCCAACACUGCCACCGUGGGUGAAAACAACCCCUCAUCCUCGUCCCACAGCUCCCAGUUUCUAUUAGCACGGUUGAAUGAACCUAAGAUGUCUGAAGCAGAGCGGCAGUUUCUAGAAGGAGAGCGCGCAGACCGCAGCCUGUUCGUCCAGGAGCUGCUCCUGUCCACGCUGAUGCACGAAGAGAGUUCCUCCUCCGAUGAGGACGAGCGUCGAGACUUCGCCGACUUCGGAGCCAUGGGCUGCGUGGAUAUCAUGCCUUUAGAUGUGGCGUUGGAGAACCUCCAGCUUCGAGAGAGCAGCUCUACGGGCAAGGAGCCUCCGCCGCCUCCUCUUUGAUGUCCGAGCAUCAAGCAGACUGUGUCCUCUCUGCUGCAACUGUCAGUGAUGGGCAGCAAACAGCAGCAGUCCUCCCUGGCCUCACCCUUCUUUCUCCCUCCUCUAUUUUCUGAGUUUGUUUUUGGUGAUUGUAAUUUCAGGCCUGUCACCAUUUUUGUUACAUUGUAAACAAAAAUAAACGAGAGCAAGUGGGAUAAA